AUGAUGAACGGCAAUGAUAGCGAGGCUGAGAAUCAACGUCUCCUGGACGAAUUGAUGAACCAGACCAAGAUUCUUCAGGAAACAUUGGACUUUUCCCUAGUGGCACCUACUGCGCACCACAACAACGAUUAUGAAAUACAGGGCAGUGCUUACCCAGGUGGCGAGACUCCGGCUCAGCAGCAUGAGAAACUGUCCUACAUCAACACACACAGUUCCAACGAUAACAACUUGAUGGGCAGCCAAGCGAGAUCGAAUUCACAAACACCUACGCCCUCGACCAUAUACGAGGAAGGGGAGCCACAUUCGUCCUACCUUGAUGACAUGUUCAGAACAAACCAUGGCAGUAGGCCUGCCACUCAGAAUUCUAUAUCUUCCAUAGGGCAGGCUCCCUUGAGGACAUCCUUUUCCAUGUCUUACGAUUCGCCUGUGGAGAAGGUAUUGAAUGCACCAUCGCAGCAACAUGAAGGUAUGAAAGCUGAAUUACCGCAAGACUUUCUGUUCCAACACGGUGCAGACGACACGAUGUACAACUUAACUGACGAUCUAAGCUCCUCUUUAUCUUCCAGCAUUAAUUCUGAUAUGAUGACCCCUCACACGUAUUCAUCAUCUUUCUCCUAUAACCCACAAACUCUGGGCCCAGCAUCGGUUUCAUCUACAUAUUCUCCAAAAGUUAGAUCGCCAUCUUCGUCAUUCCGUGCAGGAAGCUUUCUUUCCUCGUCCUUUAGACAUGGUAGCAUAAAUACGCCCAGAACGAGGCAUACUUCAAUAAGUAGUAAUAUGACUGAAAACAUGGGACCCGGGAGUAUUCCAAAGGUCCUGGCCGGAUUAACCUCAGACGAAAAGUUGAGACGGAAAAGAGAAUUUCAUAACGCUGUGGAAAGAAGAAGAAGAGAGCUGAUAAAGCAAAAAAUAAAAGAGCUUGGUCAGUUGGUUCCGCCCUCUCUAUUGAAUUAUGAUGACUUAGGUAAACAAGUUAAGCCGAAUAAGGGUAUCAUAUUGGAUAGAACAGUUGAAUAUUUACAGUACUUGGCAGAAAUCUUAGAAAUACAAUCGAGGAAAAAGAAAGCUUUACUAAACAAGAUAAAAGAAUUAGAACAUAAAAAAAUUUCAGUCGCCACUGUAUCUCCUUUUGCCAAUGACCAUCAUGCAAACGCUAGACCAAUUAAUAACCAAAAAAACGAGGAAAGAAUUAUAGAUAUCAGAUCCGUUCCGGACUCAUCUUCAAAUGAACGGGAUAUCAAGACUGAAUUUCACAAUUGGGGGCCAUCAAUAUAUGAUUCAACGAAAAACCACAAUAAUACUAUGGAAGCACAGCCACACGCAAAUAUUCAUGAUGAUUUAAAAGAAUUUUUAUCCGGGGAUUUGAUCGAGGCCGAGGAUAACGCAAAAUUAAUGUUUGGAGAUGACAAUUCUAACCCUGCAGAUUACCUUCUAGAAUUUGGGUCACGAUAG